AUGUCGAAAAUGUACAACAGUACGGACGAGGUCACCCGAUUGAGCUCCAUACGAUUCUCCUCCAAGCUGCGGUGGCUACGUGGAGAGAGUGUACAACACAUGUCGAUAGCUGACCAAGCCCUCGUUUCCAAGGCGGUAGACCAAGAAAUCACACAUCGCGUGGACCUUGAACCCGUCGCCGACAUGUUGUCUGAGAUCGAUACGGCCUUAAGCAGCCUAAAAGACGUCAGCGAGCGGCUACAGGAACUCCACGAUAGUUCAUGCGAUGGGCGGACAGUCUCUACUCAGCAAAAUUUGGACAAUUCCUCGCACUCUGCUCUAGGAUGUGCCCUGUCGGAGAUUGCGGUGGAAAUCCAACAUUAUAGAGGCCAAAUAUCCUAUCUCUCCGAGAGAAUUCGACGCGUAGGGCAACUGAUCACGGACCUUCUCGAGCUUUCUGACAGUCGUAGCAUGAGGACUCUGGCCGAGCAAGCCCACCACCAAACCGAAAACAUGGGAAAAUUGACGGCCAAGGCAACCCGUGACGCAGCAGCCGUUAAAGUUCUAACCGUAGUCACUUUGGUGUACUUACCGGCGACGGCGGUGUUGAACUUCUUCUCGACCGACUUUGUGACUACUGAAAGACGAGACAAUGGCUCUCUGGCCUUGAUUGUAACUGGCAACUGGUGGAUUAUACUUGCGGCUGCAGUACCUCUCACCAUCGCCACAGUCUAUAUCUGGCAGAUGUAUGUACGUCUGAAAAUCGACAAGCUGCCGACCGCACAGGCACUCCUCGGCACCCAAGCUGGCAGUGCCGUCACGGAUUGGCGAGAGCGGCUCGCGCGCAGCCAUCGGACGAGGCACAUCAGCAAGGCAUAG